CUCGUCGACCCGGACGGAGGCAUGCUCGACGUUUCGUGGGAGCCGCACGCGUCUGCGGUCGCAAAUGCGGCGGACGCAGACCUGGCGGCGGCGCUCGACGCGGUUGCCGACGCGGUGGGCGUGGUGUCGGCGGGCGGCGGGCGCGUCCUGGUGGCGCGCGACACGCGGCCGCACUCGGAGCGGCUCAGCGCCCUCGCGCUCGACGGGGUGAGCCACCUCGGCGGCGCUGGUGAGGACUUUGGCCUCCUGACGACGCCGCAGCUGCACCACAUCGUCCGUCACGCAAACGGCGGCGCCGCCGGCGGGGCGCACGUGGGGCCGGCCGCGUGGGCGAGCGAGGGCGGGUACGCCGAGAUGCUCUGCACCGCCUUCGCCGCCCUCCUCCCGCCAGACCUCGGUGGCGGGGGACUGCGCGCGCCUCUCACCGUCGACUGCGCGUGCGGCGUCGGAGGCCCGCAGCUCGCGCCGAUCGCGCAGCGGCUCGCGCCUCUGCUGCCGCUGGAGCUGAUCAACCGGCCGGGCGAGGGCGAGCUCAACGCGGGCUGCGGCGCCGAGUUUGUCCAAAAGGGCCGCCUCCCUCCCCGCGGUCUCGACACGCCGCCGCCCACCACCUCCGCCGAUAGCGGCGGCGGCGGCGGCGGCGGCGGUUCGCGGCUGUGCUCCCUUGACGGGGACGCCGACCGCGUCGUGUUUCACUACUGGCGCCUCUGCGCCGGCGCCGUGCCCGAGUGGCGGCUCCUCGACGGCGACAAGAUCGCCGCCCUCUUCGCCGCCUUUGUGUGCGAUGAGCUCCGCGCCCUCGAGAUCGAGCCUGCGCUCAGCGUCGCGUGCGUGCAGACCGCAUACGCAAACGGCGCCAGCGGCGCGCACUUGCGCUCGCUCGGCGUGCCGACGCCGCUCGCAAGGACGGGCGUCAAGCACGUGCACCACGCGGCGCUGCGCUACGACGUGAGCGUCUACUUUGAGGCCAACGGGCACGGCACGCUCCUCUUCUCGGACUCGGCGGUCUCUGCAAUCGCCGCGGCGAGGCAGCGAGCCGAGGCGAGCGGCGACGCGGGUAAGGCGGCGAGCGCGGCGCGCCUGCUCGCGGCCAAGCAGCUCGUGAAUCAGGCGAUCGGAGAUGCGAUCUCGGCCAUCCUCCUCGUGGAGGCGAUCCUUCUGCUGCGCGGCUGGAGCAUCGAGCGGUGGGAUGCAAUGUACGAGGACCUGCCGUCGCGCCAGGCCAAGCUCGGCGUCGCCGACCGCGCCGCUCUCCGCGUCAACGAGGACGAGACGCGCACGCUCGAGCCGGCCGAGCUGCAGCGCGAGAUCGACGACCUCGCGGCCGCCCACUCGAGAGGCCGCGCAUUCGUCCGCCCGUCGGGGACCGAGGACGUUGUGCGAGUGUACGCCGAGGCGGCCACGCAGCAGGCGGCGGAUGAGCUUGCCAGGAAGGUUGGGCAGGCGACGUGGCGGCUCGCGGGUGGGGUGGGUGAGCAGCCUUGAGCAGCAGCAACCGCAGUUCCCGCGCAGCCAAUUAACUAAGGCUCGACGGCACACAGCAUGUGCAUGGCGUCGUCUCUCGCGAGGAAUAUACUACCGCGUUACUCUCAUCGUAUAAGCUAAAGCCGUAACCCCUAUUGCUU